UACUACAGAUCACAAAACCGCGUGAUUGGUUUGGAAAGGCCAAAAGAGAGAGUAAGAAAAUGGUACGGUCUUAUUUGAAUAUUCAACUAAUAAUAUGAUCAAUCCUCCUUCCUCUUAAGUCUUAUCUUCCUUCACUCUUUCUCUAGUUCAUUACACUUCAGUUCCCUACCGCUAUAUAUAUAUAUAUAUACACACACACAUAUUCAUAACGUUAUCAGGCCGGCGAUGGAUCACCGAAAUCGAUUGAAUCAGCAGCGUCCGAACGGCAAGCAAGUGGCUGGUCGUCCGAACAGGCCGCCUCCGCAGCCGGCUGUGGGUGUUUGUGGCGGGCUGCCGGGGGGCCUUGGGAACGGGUUGCUGGCGGGCAUUAAUAACGUUAUCCAGGUAUACGUCCAGGCGCCACCGCCGUCGCCGCCACCGCAACCGCCGGUUGCCAUACAGAUAAAUGUUAAUAAGGAUCGCGUAGUGAAGGUCCCACGGGGGAAGGGGAAGGAUGGAGGCCAUGUUGUUCAUAACAACAGGACUAAGGUAAGUAGGGACGGAUCUAAAAAUUCAUGCGAGGAACACGGUGGAGGAACAGACACGCGAAGGUCAACAACAUCGGGGGGCCAAGGUUCCCAUAAUUUCAAACAACAGUCACAUAUUCAUCAUCAUACAAGUCAUAGCUCAACGACAACGACAACCACGAAACAAAGUGGAACAGGCAAUACAAGCACGAAGGUUACUACAAGCUCCAUGACAACCACAAAGAUAAGUAACACAAGACAGAUUCAAAAGGGCAAGGGCAAAGACAAUGACAAUAACAAUAGAAAGGGUAACAACAGUAAAUAAUGGCGCGGGAAGGGGAUUUGUUAGAGGCAGAGGCAGAAGCAGAGGCAGAGAAAUGCAUCCACAUGGUGGAAGCAACACUCAAUUAAGUAUUUUGCCAUGUACUCUGAUACCAUUUGUAGUGAUGACGGUUUGAACAUUGCAAUUGUGUUUUUUUUUUUUCUAAACAAUGAGCCUGUGUUGUCUUAAUUCAAGUACUGUUGUUUGGUUCA